AUGGCAAACAAUCAGGAAACUGGCAGCUGGUGGAGCCAGAUGUUUAACAACACCGGGUACCAGGAGCUGCCAACGACAAUUGUGAAGGACAAGGCAGAGACAAAAGCUCAGGUCAUGCCUAGAAGAUGUUUCCGGUUAUCGACCCGAGGUUUUUUGCUUGUACUCGCAGCUAUUCUUCUAGUCCCUACUUUUCUAGCCCUUGCAGCGCUUGAGGGUCGACAAUAUCUUUCAGAUGGAACAGCCGACGUCUUUGAGAUGUCCGAAGGCCAAAACCCUGGCCCACAAACUACCUCCGUAGUCGUUUCGGAGGUCCCUCAGGAUUCAGUACCCGUUGCUGACGCUGUCCCUGACACGCCCGAGGUUGACACGCCCGAGGUCGGCGCACCUGAUGCCCCCGAGGUCCUUGAUACGAUCGCUGCCCCUGCUAUUCCUGUUUCGCCUCACCCUCCAAAGAUGCCAAAAACAGUUUCUAACCGUCGUCUUGUCAUCCUCCUCCCCGCCAACGCCCCUGGUGUCAACCUGUGUAAAGCCAUGGUCACGGCAAUCGCCCUUGGAUACCCCACACCCGUCAUCAUCAACUGGGGUAAGAGUGGCUCGCAUCUUGCCAAGAUUGGAGGUGUUCUUGACUACCUUGACUGGGCUGUGCGUCUCAAGUCUGGUCACAAAGACCACCUGGGCAUGGACGAUCUUAUCGUGGUGGCCGACAGUUCCGACUCGUGGUUCCAGCUUCCUCCCGAUGUUCUGAUCCAGCGUUACCACGACCUCAACGCCGAGGCUGAUGCACGCCUGCUGAAGGAAUGGACUGGUAGCUCAGAGAUGCCCAUGAAGCAGACCAUCAUGGUGUCUGCCCAAAAGAGGUGCUGGCCCCGAGCCAAGUCUGGCACUAACCUUCACUGCGCUGAUCUCCCCGAGAGCCCUCUUCGUGAGGAUCUUUAUGGACCAGACACAGACAAGGACCCUGAAAUGCGCAUGGUCGAUGUUCGUCCCAAGUACAUCAACAGUGGUGCUUUUAUCGGACCCGUUGGAGACAUGCGCCGGUACUUCCGUCGUGCUCAAGAACGUUACGUGGCUGGCAAGGCUAUUCAAGGAGACCACUUCUACAGUGACCAGGGUUUCUUUGGUGAGAUUUGGGCUGAGCAAGAGAUCUGGCGCAAAUGGAGACGUGAGCUCGGCGACCAGAUCGAUCUUCAACAGAACGCCUCUAUCAUGGUCCGUGAUCAGUUUGAGUACCAUGUCGGCCUUGAUUACUACCAAACCAUCUCCAUUCCCACCGUUUUUGAAGAAGACGAUGGUGAUGUUGUCAAUCUCAACAACCAGACUCACAUCGCUGAGCGAUCCAAGGAGCUUGAGAUUGAACCUCCUCGUCUAACCCGUGUCCCUGACGAGAUUAGAAACGCUAAGAACCCUAUCGCACGUCUUUUGAGCGAGGAAGAGCGACAAGACCUCGACUGGGGCGACAUGAAUUUCUACGCCGACUUCUUCACCACAGCCAUCCCUGUCAACAUCCAUCACAAUGCGCAUAUCAACAACCUCAAGAGUCGUCGCGUCUUACAACAGCCUCUUGGACGGGUGCAGAUUCCUGAGGGUAAAGCUGUGUACUGGGGACUCCAGGCUUAUAAGGAGAUCAGACGAUACAUGCACAACCAGAGACAGAUGGUGACGACAGACUUUGACAGUAUCUGCAUGUCAAGUUGGGCGAAGAAGGAGAAGCAGAACUGGUGGGAUGUGGUAUUUAUGGAUGAAAGGGGACCAUUGGAACUAUAA